AUUAUUUAGAAGAACGCUAGGUGAAUUUAAUUAUUUUUUUAUUAAAUCUUUUGUAUUAUCUCGGACAAUUUCUGACCGAAAAACAUGUCUAGCUUUAAAGAUAAAGUUGUCCUUGUUACAGGAGCAAGUUCUGGCAUAGGGGAAGCCACCGCUUAUAAGUUAGCAGAACAUGGUGCCAGAUUAUAUUUAGUGGCUCUUGAAGAGGAUAAAUUGCAAAACGUACAACAGAAAUGCAUGGAAAAGGGUUUAGCAGACGAUAAAAUAGGGUUUUGCAGUGGAGAUUUAUCUCAAUCUGCCUUCAGGGAAGAAAUUGUAAAGAGCCUGAUACAGAAAUUUGGAAGAUUGGAUAUAUUGGCUGACAUUGCAGGCUAUGCCAUGUUUUCAAAUGUAAGCGAAACUAAGGAAGAGGAUUACGACAGAUGCGUCAGUGUAAACCAGAAGGCGAAAUUAUUCCUGGCACAACUAUGCUUGCCUUAUCUCAAAGAAACAAAAGGUAAUAUAAUCUACCUGUCGAGUAUCUGUUCCACGAUAGGGCAACCGAUCACAGUUGUUUACAGCAUGGCAAAAGCAGCUAUUGAUAUGCUUACAAAAUGUCUAGCCAAAGAACUAGGUCCUCACGGUGUAAGAGUGAAUGCUAUCAAUCCUGGUUACAUUGCUGAUACCAAUAUUCUUCGUAAUAGUAAUAGUGUGAAUACUACAGAUGAAGACCAUAAGAAGCUUGCAGACAGUACAGCAAAGCAAGCACAUCUAAAUAGGGUUGGAAAACCAGCAGAUGUGGUUUCCCUCUUGCUCUUCUUGGCAUCAGAUGAAGCAUCGUACAUUACUGGAAGUAUCAACUAUAUCGAUGGUGGAAGGCAUUUAUAUCCCUAA